AUGGAAACUUGUUAGCUAAAGAAACUAUCUCUAGAAUUGUCUAGUUAAUAAAUUAUCACACCUUAAGUAUUUAAUAAUAAAAUUAAGGAACACUCUGCUAUAAUGAGACCUGGUUUAGCCAUUAUACAGGUUGGAAACAAUCCAUCUUCUUUAACAUAUGUUCGUAAGAAAAUUGCUCUUUGUGAGGAAAAUUAAAUAUAUCAUGAACUCUAUCAUUUUCCAGAGAGUAUAUCUCAAAAAGAAAUCAUCCAUCAAAUUAGAACUUUAAAUUAAUAAGGAUCAAUUGAUGGAAUUCUUGUUCAAGUAUAUCAUCUAAUUAUUAAAAGCUUCCAUUACCUUCUCAUUUAUCAAGGUUAGAAAUCUCUAAUGAAAUAAAACUAAGUAAAGAUGUAGAUUGUUUACACAUGGCCAAUUUUCAAAAUCUUCUUUAAAAUGGAGAGGAUAAUGACAUAAUACCAUGUACACCAGCUGCAGUACUUCAUAUAUUGGACACAUAGGAAAUAGAUGUGAGGAAUUAGAAUAUUACUGUAAUUGGUAGAAGUCAGUUAGUUGGAUUCCCAUUAUCUGUACUUUUACUUAAAAGAAAUGCAAGAGUCACUAUCUGCCACUCUGAAACAACUGUUCAAGAACAUGUAGAAAAAGUAUAUAUAUUAUUUAAUCAUUCUAUAGGCUGACAUUGUGAUUUCAUGUGCAGGUCAUAAAGAAUUAGUCAAAGGAGAAUGGAUCAAAAAUGGGGCCAAAGUUAUUGAUGUUGGAAUUACUAGAAUUCCUGGAACUAAUAAGAUUGUUGGUGAUAUUGAAUUCAACAAAGUUUUAAUAACUUUCUAUUCUAGGCUCUUCCUAGAGUUAGUUUCAUCACUCCUGUUCCUGGAGGAGUUGGCCCUUUGACUGUAUCCAUGUUAUUUAAAAAUCUUUAUCGAGUUUGGUGUCGAUCUAAUGGAUUAAAAGCCAAUAUAGAUGAAUUGGAUGAUGAAUUAGAUUAUGCUUAAAAUUACUAAUUCUGA